UCUUGUUUCCACUCGGUUUACUAUAAGGGGACGCUUCCGUACACUUCCGGGUCGGAAAGAUCACAAAACACACAUGUGAGAGAGCUGCAGAAAAACCGACUGGGACUGGAACCAGACUACAAACAACAGGGCUUUAUAUUCAGUUGGACAGGAUGGACGGGAAAGUGAAGGAACAGAAGCGGCAUCAGCAGAAGCACAGCGGGCCGAAGGCGGAGAGGAAGAAGCUCAAGAAGCAGGGAGGCUCCACAGAAGAAGAUGCGCGGAAACGCAAUCCCAAAGCGUUCGCCGUUCAGUCGGCCGUACGCAUGGCCAAGACGUUCCACAGGUCCCAGGACAUAAAGACCAAAAAACAUCACAUCCCCCAUGUAGACCGGACUUCCCUGGAACCUCCUCCGAUUGUGAUUGUUGUAGUUGGUCCACCCAAGGUGGGAAAAAGCACCCUGAUCCGCUGCCUGAUCAAAAACUUCACCCGACAGAAGCUGGGGGACAUAUGUGGACCUGUAACCAUCGUCUCUGGAAAGAAGCGUCGCCUCACUUUCAUGGAGUGUAACAAUGACAUUAAUACGAUGAUCGACCUCGCAAAAGUAGCUGAUCUGGUUUUGAUGUUGAUUGAUGCCAGCUUCGGCUUCGAGAUGGAGACGUUCGAGUUCCUCAACAUCUGUCAGGUGCACGGCUUCCCUCGCAUCAUGGGCGUGCUGACUCACCUGGACUCGUUCAAGAACAACAAGACGCUGAGGAAGACCAAGAAGAACCUCAAACAUCGCUUCUGGACCGAGGUCUAUCAGGGGGCCAAGCUCUUCUACCUGUCUGGGAUGGUGUACGGUGAAUAUCAGACUCAGGAGGUGAAGAACCUCGGCCGCUUCAUCUCAGUCAUGAAGUUCCGUCCUCUGGUGUGGCAGACCUCCCAUCCUUAUGUGCUGGUUGACCGUAUGGAGGACUUAAGUGACCCUGAGAGGGUGAGGACAGACCCCAAGUGUGACCGCACAGUGUCGCUCUACGGCUACCUGCGAGGGUCACAUUUGAAAAACAAAGGCCAGGUCCAUAUCCCAGGUGUCGGAGACUUUCAGGUGGCGGACGUGAACUUCCUGCCCGACCCGUGCGCCCUGCCAGGCGCUCAGAAGAAGAGAGCGCUGAACGAGAAGGAGCGUCUGCUCUACGCGCCCAUGGCCGGCGUCGGCGGGGUCGUGUACGACAAAGACGCCGUGUAUAUCGACCUUCCCGCGAGCCACGUCAAUCAACAGCAGGAGGAGGUGCGGCCGACCACGGAGCUGGUCCAGUCUCUCAUCGACACACACGCCACCCUGGAUGCCAAGAUGGCUGCCAGUAAGGUGUCUCUGUUCAGCGGUUCUGCCACCCUGGAGUCCACAGACAUCGAGGAGGAGCAGAGCGGAGAGACGGAGGGUCACAGGGAGGAGUGUGUCUGGGACCCUAACACCCAGAGAGAGAGGAGGAAGGUGGUCUUCACUGAGGAGGAGGAGGAGGAGGAGAAGGACGAGGAUGAUGUCAGCGGCUCCAGUGAUGAUGAUGAGGACGGUGACAGUGAAGACAGUGACCAGGAGGAGCAGGAAGACGAGGACGACGAGGACGACGAGGACAACGUGUCCACAUUUCUCAAAGAGGCAAGAUCCAAAUCAGACAAGACGGAAAAGAGCGCAGCAGACGCUCCGCCAGUGAAGAAACCAAAACUGGAGGAGAAGAAGGACGAGGGCGCCGAGGUGCCGGUGUUUGCCGACAGCGAAGACGACCUGGAGAUGAGCGAGAAAGAGGAGGAGGAGGAGGAUGAUAGUGAAGAAGAGGGAGAGGCUGUGAAAGCAGGAGACUCUGGACACUGUUCUGAAGAGGACGAAGAAGAGAGUGACGAUGAAGAGGAGGAAGAAGAGUCUGAAGAUGAAUCGGGAGAAGAGGAUGGUGCAGAUGACAUUACAAUGAAGAAACAAACAGCGAGUGAGAGCGAGGAGGAGGAAGAAGAGCAGGGGGGUCUGAAGUGGAAGGAGGGCCUGCGGCAGAAAGCAUCAGAAGCGUUUCUACGGCAACAACAAGCUGCCCCCAAUCUGAGAAAACUGGUUUAUGGUUCAGUUGUAGAGGCGGAUGAUUCUGAGGAUGAGGAUGCAGAGCUGGGGGGGCUGUUUCGAGUCAGUCGCCCUCAGACGAGCAAAAAGUUCCAAGCAAAUGCUGUGGACAGCUCCCGCUUCAACCGUGACACCUCCCACGACUGGGACUUAGAGGAGAUGCUGAACUCCAUCAGGGACUGCUUUGUCACAGGGAAGUGGGAGGAGGGCCAAGAUGCUGCCACUCUGCUGAAGGAGGACGAGGAGCUGUACGGCGACUUUGAGGAUUUGGAAACAGGAGAAGUCCACAAGGGUCAAACUGGACAGCCGGAUCAGGCGGAGCAGAACAGUGAGAACGAUGACGAUGAUGACGAUAAUGAAGAAAGUGCGGUGAAGUUGGAUGAUGACGAGGUCCAGAAGAAGAAGCGUCUGGAGAAGAAACAAAGGCUGAAGGAGCGGUUCAAUGCGGAUUACGAUGAUGGAGGAGAUGCCACUUACUUUGAUGACCUGAAGGAGGAGAUGCAGAAGCAGGCUGAGCUGAACAGGGCAGAGUUCGAGGACGUGGACGACGAGACCAGAGUGCAGUACGAAGGCUUCCGACCAGGAAUGUACGUCAGAUUAGAAAUCUCCUCUCUACCCUGCGAGUUCGUCACCAACUUCGAUCCCCAUUAUCCCAUCAUCCUCGGAGGUCUGGCCUCCGGCGAGGGCAACGUAGGAUACCUGCAGAUGCGACUGAAGAAACACCGCUGGUAUAACCGCAUCCUGAAGACACGGGACCCCCUCAUCCUGUCGCUAGGCUGGCGGCGCUUCCAGACCAUCCCCCUCUACCACAUCGAGGAUCACAACGGACGCCACCGCCUGCUCAAAUACACGCCGCAGCACAUGCACUGCGGCGCCUCCAUCUGGGGUCCCGUCACACCACAGGGCACCGGCUUCCUGGCUGUACAGACAGUAGCAGGAAUUAAAGCUAAUUUCCGUAUUGCUGCCACAGGAGUCGUCCUGGACCUGGAUAAGUCUGUGACUGUAGUGAAGAAGCUCAAACUCAUCGGUUACCCCUACAAGAUCUUUAAGAACACCUCCUUCGUUAAGGGCAUGUUCAACACAGUGCUGGAGGUAGCUAAGUUUGAAGGUGCUUCUGUACGAACCGUAUCAGGGGUCAGAGGUCAGAUCAAGAAGGCGCUGUCUACACCACCAGGAGCUUACAGAGCCACGUUUGAGGACCGCCUGCUUAUGAGUGACGUUGUGUUCCUGCGCUCCUGGUAUCCGGUGACCGUUCCUCAGCUCUACAACCCCGUCACCUCUAUGCUGCUGCCCGUCGGUCAGAAGGACGGCUGGGCGGGCAUGAGGACCCUGGGGCAGCUCAAAUUUGACCUGGGCAUCCGCUACAAACCCAUCGCAGACUCUCUGUACAAGCCGGUGGUCCGAGCCCCGAGGCAUUUCAACCGCCUCCACAUUCCCAAGGAGCUCCAGAAGGCCCUGCCCUUCAAGAGCAAACUCAAAAAUCAGCAGCCCAAAGGAAAGACGCCCAGAGACCUCCAGAGGCCCAGCGUGAUCAGAGAGCCCCAUGAGAAGAAGGUAGCAGCCCUGAUCCAAGCUCUGAGCACAGUCCACAACUACAAGAAGAAGAAAGCCCACACGUUGCAGCACGCCAAACACAAGGAGUUCCUGCAGGAGAAGGGGAAACAGGAGGAGGCCAAGCUGAAGAGACAGAAGGAGGCGCGUAAAAAACUGUAUCGUGUCAUGGGCCAGACGGACCAGAAGAAGCAAAGGUCCAGUCUGAAGGGGGCGUCCAAGGACGACUAACCUCGCUGAAUCUGGACUCAUGAGGGAAAACCUCUGCAGACUGAGACCGAGGUGCUUGGUCUGCUCUUUUGGACUGUUGGCAUGUGUUUCAUAACUUUGGCAGAAUCAUUUUUAUUGUAUUUUUUCUAGAUAUAUUGAUAUUGAACAUCAGCUGUAAAGGAACUUGUUUUAAUUAAACACGUGUCUGUCUAUGGAAA